GCCAGUGCGCGUGCGUAGGCGGCGAGUCUCGGCGUCGUUCCCCAACCGUCUGAAAGUCGCCGGGUGAAUCUCGCGUCAUGUCCCCGGUAUUCCGGUCUCACUCCUCCGAUGACGGCCCGGGCAGUCGGCGACGGCCGCGUCGCAGCUCGUCCGGGAGCCCGCCCACCGAGCAGGCGGGACGUUCCCCUCGGGGCGGCAGCUGGCGGGGUCGUGCGGGCCUCAGGCCUUGGUGGGGCGAAGCGGGUCCCGGCGCUCUUCCCCGCCUCAAAAGCUCUGAUUCUCGAGAACGGGCCCCAGGGCUCCACAGCUGUGCCUUCUCCUCUUCAACCUGCCACGGCAGAUACCACCAGCGCCACCGUCACCACCGCUUCGCGGGCGACCGGCAGUGGGCGGAGGACUUCGAGAACGAGGAGGAGCAGCGCUUCCGGCAGAGGAGGCUGAAGGAGAGAGAGAGGAUUGGGGAGCUGGGAGCCCCUGAGGUGUGGGGGCUGUCUCCCAAGUCGCCUGAGCCGGAUUCUGAUGCACAGAGCCCAGCCGAGGAUGAGCAGGUGAAGAGGCAGAGGAGCAGCAGUUCAGACUCCAUCUGUAAGGAAAGAAGGAAGAAGACUAGUCGCUCGAAAAACAAGAAAAGAAGAAAGAAAGAGACCAAAAGGAAACACAGGAACUAUUCUGGUACAAGUGACAGUAAUUUAGACUCCGACGAAAGUUCCAGCGCUGAGGAUGGUAAAAAGAGAACCAAGAAAGCCAAGAAGAAAGAGAAGAAAAAACAGAGAGUCAGGAAAAACAAGAAAAUGAAGAGGUUGAAAAAAGAAUACAGUAACUCAAGCGGUAAAGAUUCAGAGGAGGAGUUGCCCGAAGACAUCUGGAUUUCACAUUCUAAGAUUGUAAAUACCUUGGAUUUAAUAGGCCCGGAAGCCCCUAUAAUCCAUUCAUCUCAGGAUGAAAAACCUUUAAAUUAUGGCCGUGCUCUUCUUCCUGGUGAAGGUGCGGCCAUGGCUGAGUAUGUGAAAGCAGGAAAGCGAAUCCCGAGAAGAGGUGAAAUUGGUUUAACAAGCGAAGAGAUUGCUUCGUUUGAAUGCUCGGGUUAUGUCAUGAGUGGUAGCAGGCAUCGGCGAAUGGAGGCUGUGCGGCUGCGGAAAGAGAACCAGAUCUACAGUGCCGAUGAGAAAAGAGCCCUUGCAUCCUUCAACCAAGAAGAGAGACGGAAGAGAGAGAACAAGAUUCUAGCUAGCUUUCGGGAGAUGGUGUACAGAAAGACUAAAGGGAAAGAUGACAAGAGCUUGGUUUUUGCACAGCAGGACUUUAAGCAAUAGUUUUACAAGGCCAAAACUGUAUUGAAAGACUUUAUAAUGUCAUCUCUUGUUUAAUGGAUCCCUCAGGAAAAAUUUUCCUUUUGGGGGGAUAUCUGUAACAGUUUAUUUUAAACAAUAAUAUGUGCAUAUGGUUUUAAAGAUAUUCAAAUAUUACAGGAGGAAAGUUAGUAAAAGGUCAGUCUUUGACCCCAGUCCCAGAUUCCUUUCCCCAAACAAAUAUCUUGUUUGGAGCCUUCCAUAUCCCUAGCUCUGUUUAUAGGCAAGUAUUUAUGUUGUGGAGAACAGCAGCGUUAAACUGAAGUGCUUCCUCCUCCCCUGCUUUCUCAGUUGUUUCUUGGAUAUCUUCAUAGUCUGUUGUUGCCAAUCACUUGCUGCAGGGAGGAUGGAAAGAACUUCAGGAAGAACAAGAGUUAACGUUGUAAUUAGCAGAUUGAGUUUCAAAAAGUAGAUUUAUUAGCUUAUAACUGAGAAGUCUUGGGGAGAGGACAGAUUUUCUAAAUAUCUUUCAUACGAAUUUGGUUUCUUUCUUCACCAUCAACAUGGGUUGUCUCUCUCAGGUUUGUUUCUCUUUGGAGACAGCUCGUGAUAACUGAAAUGAUUUGGUCCCUGACAUCCAUGUGAGACCUACAUUGAGUUCCUGGAUCAGCUUGGCCUGGCCAAGCUCAGGCAGGAGAGUUUGGGGAGUAAACCAGUGGUCAGGAGCUGGUUGUACUUUUUCCUCUUAAAUUUUAUUUUUAUUUGAAUUGUGAGAGUGACAGAGAUCUUCCAUUUGCUGGAUAAUUUGAAAGUUAGUUGGCUGAGUUUCAACAGGAAGCAAGAUUACAUUGUAGCAACAGUGUACUCUGUGGCACUGCAAGGCUGCCCCAGGAUGAGAGCUCUUUCAUAGUUUCUCAUUAUCUUUCUCUGCCUAUCAAAUAAAUAAAUGAAUAAGACAUACAAGCAAGGAAAUGACCACCAAACCUCCUGAGUUUGGUUAUAAUUUUCCUAGUCUACAUUUAAAUUGAGAAUUAAGAAUCCAGAGGGUCAGACCAAAAUUAUUACGUCGAUUUCAAAGCUACUCAAAAGGUAUGCUGUUGCCCCGGCAAUACAAUGGCCUGCGGCACCAGAAUGGGUUGAUAAAUGAAAAUAAGGAUAAUAUUGAGCAAGGAGAAUAGACAAUCCGAAUACCCACUGUAGUUUUGAGGGUUUUUUUUAACUACACGAAGUCAAAAUUUUCUUGGAAGAAAAAAAUUUAUCUUCAUUCUGACCACCAGGAGCAAAAUCCUAAAGGAAAAGGACGUAGGAUAUAUUCCUAAAU